GUGUGACAUUAUGGAGACCAAACAGAUGUGUUUCCUGUUUACUUGGGCUGAUCAUCUAUCUGGGCUCUGUGGCUUCCUUCAACAUCAGCCCAAUGACAACAGGCCUACGCUCUGCCUUUUCCGCCACACGCAGCAGCAGCAUAUUGGGUGGCACUCAGCGUGCUGUGACCUUUGACCACCUUCUAGUCAACAUUGGUGAAGACUUCAAUCCAGAGACGGGCACUUUCCGUUGCCGCCUGCCUGGUGCAUACUACUUCUCAUUCACAGUGGGAAAGUUCCCAAAGAAGAUGCUGUCGGUCAUGCUGGUGAAGAACGGGAUGGAGGUGCAGGCCAUUGCAUAUGAUGGAUACCAGAACCAGGGCCGCAAGGUUCAGAGCCAGAGCGUGAUGGUUAGUCUGAAACCUAUGAAUACAGUAUACCUGCUCCUUCAGGACAAUCCCCACUACGCCAUCUACAGCAACGUCGGACCAUACAUCACAUUUAGUGGUUAUCUUGUCUAUCCAGACUCUACAUCCUCUGUUGGAUAUCUCAAUAACCACCUAUCUCCUCCAGGCCUUCAUCUUCCAGGUUGUCCUCCCCCUGUAGAUGCUUAUUAUGAUUGGAGAAGAAGAACAACCAGUGAGGAACCACGUUCUGCAUUUUCAGUGGCAAGAACUACAUCAGCGCUGGGAGAAAGCAGAGUGCGUCGUGAAAGAGAAGCUCUCAAGUUUGACGUGGAGUAUGUCAACAUAGGCGGCCAUUUUAACAUAACAUCCGGACGUUUUACCUGCCACUUCCCUGGUGAAUAUUACUUUGCAUUUACCGUGGGAAAGCACCCUCGUCGUGCGGUUUCAGUGAAGCUUAUGAUGGGAAGAGGGGAGGUUCGGGCCAUGGUGUUCAAUGAGGACAUGUCACGGCAGAGAGAGAUGCAGAGUCAGAGUUUGUUGUUGUCACUGAAAAGAGGAGACAGUGUCUGGCUGUACAGUCAGCAGGAUGACGGAUAUGCCGUUUACAGCAACCAGGGACGAUACACAACCUUCUCUGGUUUCCUGGUCUACCCUGAUGGUGAAUCCAUGAACAGAGACAGAACUUUCCCCUGAGAACCAAAGCCAGCUGCAGUACU